AAACCGUAGACUUCCAUCCCUGCCAAUCCCGUCGAUCGUAUCCGAUGGCGUCCAAGUCCGGCGAGCUGCGCAUGACGCUGCUGGGCGUGGCGCUGCUGGGGCUUCUGCUACUGAGCCAGCAGGCGGCGGCCGCCGAACCCACCGCCACCGGGGCGCCCGCCACCGGCAAGAAGACCAAUAGCUUCAGCUUCAACAGCGCCGGCGGCCGCACGCUCACCAGCUUCAGCAUGAACGCCGCCGACCCCGAGAAGAAGCAAGGUGGCAAGGGCGUCUGAUGGGCGCGCCCCACGAUGAUCCACGGCCCCUGGCUGCCGGCCACAUGCCUCGCCGCCUUCGCCUCACCGCGUACUACUACUUCUACAUGCAUGCGACUGUGGGAUCGCGCCAACCGGAGCUCCACCGGCGUAGCUGCCGCGUUGUCCUAGUCGAUCUCGUAUUUUUUCUGUCUUUACCUGUUCUUGUGUUGGAUUCGU